UAAUAUUAAAAAAGUCGCUUCUUAAAUAAAAUAAUAAAUGGCAUUAGUGCACUUGCAGUCUCGCAGCGCGGUCUGAUCUGCUAUGACGCUUCACGGCCAGCAGGGGUCUCUGUUUCGCUCACAGACAUGAACCGCAUCUCAUUCCCGGUCCCGUGUCUGACUGGAAAGGCUGUAUUUUGAGGAGAGGAGAGAGCGCAGACAGCGCCUGCUGGAGUCUCCCACUUCUUCCCUAAUCAAACCCAGCUGUUUGCAGAGCACAGGCACUGAGCAUACCCUCCUCCCUGCGGUCGUUCGUGAUUUUCAGAGCGGGUGGACGCAUUUCUUCUCAUCAAAAACAGCAGAUACUUUGGGAUUAGGUUUCUUGCAAGGUAGGGUCUAUUCUGGAGAGAAACGGAGCGGAGCGGAUUGCUGAAACCCUGCAGAAGUGUUUAAGACACAUCUGGGUCUGUGUGUCGAGAGACGCGCUGUGGUUUCUUGGAGAGCUCUCUGACCCCGGCGUUGGCUGUGAUGAGUGUUCUACCUCCGGUCAGAAGGGACAGGGUCAUUCCCCAGCUACCGCAGUGUUUCACGAAGGAAGCCACCCUUCACACCAAAGACUCUUUCCAUUCCAAAGUGAAGGGAGCCUGUCAGGAGCAGAGGACUGGGACAGUGGGCAGGUUUAAGAUUUCAAAGGUCAUCGUAGUUGGAGACUUGGCUGUGGGGAAAACCUGUCUGAUUAACAGGUUCUGUAAGGAUGCCUUUGAUAAGAACUACAAGGCCACCAUCGGGGUGGACUUUGAGAUGGAGAGGUUCGAGGUGAUGGGGAUCCCCUUCAGUUUACAGCUAUGGGACACUGCGGGACAGGAGCGCUUCAAGUGCAUCGCAUCGACCUACUACAGAGGAGCGCAAACAAUUAUAAUAGUGUUUGAUGUGAAUGAUGUGGCCUCCUUGGAUCAUGCAAAGCAGUGGCUUGAAGAUGCACUUAAAGAAAAUGAUCCGAGUUCUGUGCUGCUGUUUCUGGUUGGUACAAAAAAAGAUUUAAGUUCUCCUGCCCAGUACUCUCGGAUUGAGGAAGAUGCUAUCCAGCUGGCGAAGGAAAUCAAAGCUGAGUAUUGGGUGGUGUCUUCACUGACAGGCGAGAACGUCAACUCCUUCUUCUUCAGGGUGGCGUCUCUGGCUUUCGAGGCCAGCGUCCUGUCCGAGCUGGAGAAGACCAACUCCAGAAAGAUUGGAGAAGUCAUCCGGAUUAAUAGCAAUUCUGACAACCUGUAUGCGACUUCCAAGAAGAAAAAACCCAACUGUUGCCAGUGAAGAGACACGCGGGGUGGGGGGUGGGUUAUAUUGCACUGGGCUGAUUUGGUACCAAAGAAUCGAUCACCACUCCAGAAUCAAGGAGCAACCCGAUCGGAACAUUCCGAACAGCGAUAGAAUCUGGAUGGAAUUAGGAGCAGUGAUUUGAAUUGAUUGUUUCAGCUGGUCCUGAAAGUUGAUCAAAGAAAUGUGAUCGUAGUGUUCUACCUUUUUUUUUACAUUGAUAAAAUCUGUGUUUUUUCUACAGCAGCCUUCAAAUUUAAAAUGCAGCUUUCAGUGGCUGUCCUGUAGACUCGUGUCUGGUUUAGAGGUUAGUGGAACGUGUCUGCUUUCUCUUGUAUUGUAAUUUCACUGGGACUGCCCUGAAUUGUUUUGUGUGAGUGUUUCAACCCCAGGCAGGCUGCUGUCAAUGCAGGGCUGUGAUUCUCCAUAUUUUAAAACAAACUCUUAAAAUAAAAA